UUCAAAUCAGUUGUGUCUAGAGGAGCCGGCAGUCCUGUGGUGUACAGCCUCUCGAGUGUUAGAGAUAAGGCAAGAUUCCAUGCAAGCCCGUUCUUUGCCUGAGCACUAGUUGGCCACCACCUGCGGCGUCAUACAGGACCCUUCAGAACAACAUGGCGGACAGUAGUACGAAGUCGGUUUUGUUCGUUUGCCUUGGGAAUAUUUGCAGAUCCCCCAUUGCUGAAGCAGUCUUCCGGAAGAUGGCAACAGAUGCUGGUGUUGUUGAUAAGUGGAGGAUAGACAGUGCUGCCACCUCCACCUAUGAGAUAGGAAACCCUCCAGACCACCGCGGGCAAGCCUGCAUGAAGAGGCAUAGCGUGCCCAUGCGCCAUGUGGCCAGGCAGGUGACCAAGGAAGAUUUCAUGAGCUUUGAGUACAUUCUCUGCAUGGAUGAGAGCAAUUUGAGUGACUUGAAAAGGAAAGCAAACUCUGUGAAAAACUACAGAGCAAAGAUUGAGCUUCUUGGUUCAUAUGACCCUCAAAAGCAGCUGAUCAUCAAAGACCCGUAUUAUGGAAGUGACAAAGACUUUGAAAAAGUGUACGACCAGUGUGUACGCUGCUGCGAAGCGUUUCUGGAGGCGAACUCCUAACAUCGUCCGACCUGAAACAAUCCUUCCACCAAAAGUGUUUUGGCUGUGUAACACAAGCACUCAUCAGUAUAACCCUGUUGUGGAUGUCACUGAAAGCACUUUGUUUCAGUGUUGUACAUGUCAUAGGAACCACACAUUGUGUACACUUAGAACAGUGCUGUGUGGAAGAGUUUGUAGACUGUGAAUUCAGGUGAUUAAUAACAUAAAUAAACAAAUUA